UUUAAAUAUGAGACACAUGAGUUUGGACAUUAAUAAUGCAGCUGUUAGUGUUCAGAGACUGAAGAGAGAGAAGAUUAGACAGAGAUUGAAUGGAAAGCCAAAUGCCUUGCUUAAGAAGACCGAGUCGGCACUUACUUUUGAAAAGCCAUUUUGUCGUAAGGAAAGUCAGCACAAACUUCAUAUCAAAUCAAUCAGCAAAUUAAGUAUCGAAAUGGAAGAUUUUAUCAAUCAAAAUGCUCUUACUGGAAAGAGAAAAUCUAGUGCAAAAGCUCACAAGAAGAAAAGAAUUCCGAGUGCUAUUCCAAAAGGCAUUAAAACAGAGGUUGGCACUCAGAAAUCAGAUCAGAUGCGAGCCCAAUUCAUUCUCUCAUUGAAAGAACACCUUGUAAUGAAAAAGAAAAGUGAGGAUAAUGACAAAGAAAUUUUAACCCAAAAUACAACAAAAAGAAUGAGAACACAUCUUAAAAGACCAGGAACAGCCUUUGCUGUUCCUGAAAAUUCUUGGAUGAAAAAUAGCAACCCUAAACCUGUAGUACUUAUGAGCCAUAUGCAAAUCAAAAAUUCUAAAUCAAAACCUUGUCUAUCAACCUUAAUUCUGAAGCGAAACCCAAGGGAUUUGUCCUUCCCAAGGAAGAAGAGCUCUGGUGUUGAUAUCCAAAGUAUUUAUACUGCGAAAAGGCCAGAUAGAAGCUUGAAUAGCAACAAUACUAGCAUAAAUGCAUCUAGCAAGAAUAUCAGAGCUCCUCCUCUUCUAUGAAGAAAGGAAUUCAAGGAUAAGAGGACUGACCACAAGAAGGAUAUCCUCCAGAAUCUCAAUUUUGUUUCCAAAGCUCCUAUUUUCUCUAAGAAACCUCCAAUUAUGCCUAAAUAAAUCAUUUAAGAAGUUGCCUCUCCAGAAAGUUGGAACUAAGUUUAAAAAGAAAAAGACUUUGAAAGCUGGUAGGCCAGGUAAAGAGAAUGAUUUCAUGCAGUCUAAUCUCAAUGAAAGUGCUACAGCUAAAACUCUCCAUUGAAGAUCAAGGAUUGAACUGGUGAAAAUGAAGACAGACCAAGGAAGUGAUGAAGAAGACAAUCUCUAUCACAAAAGACUGAAGUCAAGAUAUUAG